CGCGCCACCAAGCAGAAUACUAACAGUAACACUUUGAACAAACUCACCUCUCGCUCCCGCCGAUUCCACACAAGUCUCUCUCAUAGGAAAAAGCUUCAAAAGCGUCUGCAAUGGCUGCUCGAACAGGAGAUGAUCCAGACGCUCAGGCUAUUGCCUCUUCUCCAGAAGUCGAGUCUCAGCUCUCUUCUCUACUUUACGACAUGUCGCAGCAGGUUCAGACGACAAUGGGGAACAUGCUUAAGAUGAUAGUUGAAAUUGAUCAAAACUCUGCUGGAAUAAUGGAAGAGAUAGAGAAAUGCAAAGAGUCUACCCUUGAGCGGAAGAAAGUAUUGGAGGAAGAGAAGGAAAGGUUUCAGAAAGCUGCUUUCACUGCAUUAGAUAUGCUCAACAACAGAUGCUAAAGUACUGAUCUUGUUGACAGUAAAGCGGCCUGUUGAGUGCAAUUCUGUUGUGGACUGUCAUUUUAGUGAUGUUAGUUGAAACUAUCAGCAUCGGAGAGAGAUUAUUUUUAGUGAAUUUGCUUCUAUAGCAGUCACUCUAUGUGCAAAUUGGAGUUAAUACUUUAAACCAGGUUUUCGAGUACAAUGUACUAUGAUUACCUAGUUGAACAGAAUUGCUGCAGAAAAUUUAAAAUCCAAUGCUUGAGCUCUGCUUGAAGUCUCAUCUUUGUGUAUGGAAUAUUCACUCAAAAUAUUACAUACUGGUUACUCAAGCACUGAUAUAAGCAAAUGAAAUUUCAUUCAGGAAGUUGUUAUUAUAUACAUAUAUUUGUAAAUACCUGCUCUGUUCCAUUCUUGUAUGUCAGCACGUCCUGCAAUAUGUAAUACAACUCAGAUUUGUCAUCCAGGACUAUAUAGGAUGUCAUUUUUUCUGUGAAAAAAAAGGAGCCA